CACCGUCAGGUCCCAGCUGCCAUGGCUCUGUCCCAGAUCGAGUGUCUGAAGGAAAACCACGUGAACUGGAGGACCAACGAGUCCAAGCCCGAGUUUUUCUACAGCGAGGACCAGAGGCUGGCCCUGGAGGCCCUCAUCCAAGGCGGUCGAGAUGCCUUCAGCCAGUUCAUCCAGGAGCAGAACAUCCGGCCAUUCCUGUCCGACUUAGAGCUGGAGCGCCUGGAGGCCACCGCUCAGGUCUACAGCCCGGGCUCCGAGAGUGCGAGCGGCAACGGGGACGAGAGCGGUGGGAGCAAGCGGGCUGCGCUCUCCCUCCAAUACUGGCCCGACCGCUCGGACUGCUCGGUGCCGGACCUGGACAUGGGUUGGCCGGACUGCGUCUCGUACCGGGGGGUCACUCGCGUCAACGUGUACACGCAGCCGCCCAUGGAGGGACAGGCUCACGUCAAAGAGGUGGUCAGGAAGACCAUUGCGCAGGCGCAGAAGGUGAUUGCGGUCGUCAUGGACCUCUUCACCGACUUGGACAUUUUCAUUGACCUGCUGGACGCCGGUUUUAAACGGAAGGUCGCCGUUUACAUCAUACUGGAGGCCGCCGGAGUGCCACACUUUCUGAACAUGUGCAGAAGAGCCGGGAUGCACAAGGGACACUUAAAGAACCUACGAGUCCGCUGCACCAGGGGGACGGAAUUCUAUACCCGCUCAGCGAGGAAGGUGUUUGGAUCCUUGGGUCAAAGGUUCAUGUUUGUGGAUGGGGACCGAGCAGUGUCUGGAUCAUACAGCUUUACAUGGACAGCCUCCAGACUGGACCGGAACCUCAUCACCGUUGUCACAGGGCAGGCAGUGGAAACCUUUGACAAGCAGUUCCAAGACCUGUAUCUGCUGUCUGAGAGUGUGAGUCUCAGCAACAUCCAUCUGGAGGAGGCACCAGAACCAGAGCGAGCCCCCGCUCCUGCUCCAGCACCUGUACUGUCAGCUACUGUGGCCCGCAAACUCAUCAACCCCAAAUAUUCCCUAGUCACCAGUAAUGCUGUGGAAACCAACACCAAGAUGGCAUCAGAGAAGAACGAUGACAAUAAAAAUCCUGUGGCAAAAGUGCUGAAACCACCUCGGGAGAGGCUGGAACCUCCCCCGAUCCACCCUGGGCUACUGAACUUGGAACGAAUUAACAUGAUCCCUUAUCUGCCCACCUGGCCCGAGCCUGACCCACCCAGUGAUGUUAUUGGGUUCAUAAACAUCCGUGACUCCAGCAAGCCCAUGCACGUUCACCUCAUGCGAUCCGAGCUGUUUGAGACCUCCCAGGCCAUUCGGUUCAAAGAUCCCUUCAUCCUGCCAGUAAAUCCGCUUCCCGAGAAGGCCUGCCCAAGGCCAAAACUCUCAAAAAAUUCAUUCUCUUCACCUCAGGUUACCCAUGUUCUCAAAGAUUUACAACACAGACCCCAAGAACCACUAGAUGAAGCAAAACAGAAAGCACAACGUCUGGAUCACGCAAGCUCUUCACCUACCCUGGAAUUCCAAGUGCAACCUGUGGAUCAUACAAAUUCUUCACCUGCUAAGGAACCAGCGGCUCAACCUCUUGACAAGACACAUUCUUCACCUGCUCUUCUUGCUCUGCAAGAAGCAGCACAUCCUACUGAACAGACAUUACCAGUAGCAUCUCCAGACUCGAAACACUCGCAACCCCAACUCCAUAGAUUCUUGAAUGAACCUGUAGACCAAACACGUAGUCCAGCUAUCCACGACUUAGAAAGUAUACAGGUUUCACCACAAGAGCACCAGAAUGAACCGCUGAGAGAAGCACAACCUUCAGGCCAUACGCAUUCUCCAGUUACACAAAACCCUGAAAACACACAGUCCCAGCAAGAGGGUCCUGCUGAAAAUAAAGUUGUUUGGAACCAAACAAGUCAUCCAGGUCACAUCCCAGAAAAGGGAGGGGACGUAUGUACGCCGGUGCCCAAACCCAGAACCAUUCACCUGGUCAUUAGCCCAAAUGAUGGUAAAGAUUCAUCCAAGGUCAGCAUUGAUACAGAGCUAGACCGAGAGCCCAAAACACAAACAAGCCUGCUAAACAACAGCCCAAAUCAGACCUCAGAUCCAUAUAUUACACUCACACAGGACCCUGAAGUGCCUGAUGCUCUAACCUCCUCCAUUCCACAGCCAGGUAAAGGAAAAACAGAAAGUGCGGACCAGAGGUAUCCGGACAGAGACGGUCAACAAAACAGACAAGAAGUAAUUGCGAUGGAAGAAGAUGGUUGGGAAGAAAUCUCUCCUGGGGAGAGUUCAGACAUCUCCACGACAUCAGAGGAGUUUUUUGAGUGCAAUGACCUUGACGGGUUGGAACCGAGGCUUUAUUCCCUGCGUAAUGGUACUUGUGAUGGGACAGGCAAGUCCAAAGCAGUCCAAUCAAAGCCAGAGCCACUUCAAGGAAAGAAGCACCAAGAGAAGGCAGCAGAUGAUGGUCAACAAACCAUUGUGGAAAUUAGCAGUGAGGUUCUGAGAAACCCCAAGUUGGUGACACACAACUCUGAUGGUGGCAAGAAGAAGCAUCAGACUCCAGGCAGAUCUCCGGCUAGGACCACCUGCACAGAUGCAGGAGAUUGGAGAUGCACGCCCACCGGGACAACGGCUGACAAACCGGAUAGAUACUGCUACACGGCCAGUCCUGCAGGGCACACCGUGCAACGGCGGCAUCUCCGUGAGAGUUCAACCGGUCAGCUGUCCCACAAAAAGCCUGCCGUUCUUUGGUCCCGCGGGGGAAUGACGCAAGUACUUCUCGGGAGUCUUCAGCCUGGGUUGUCCAGCAGGCCGGCGUGGACACAGCUGGUGAGGCCCAGGACCGCUAGAUCCUCUGGCCAACGAAGACCCACACGCAAGCGUCAUGCUGCUCGGGGUGACACCCGGACCACCACGGGGGUCUCCUUAGCCGAGAUGUCCAACUUUAGACACCUAAGGGCAAAGACUAGAACACCACCUCAGCAAGAACAGCGUUUAUGAACACUGAGGCGCACCACAAUUUUCGGGUCCUCCUCGUAGAAGAUAAUUGUACUGCCUGCUUGUCUGAACCUCGAUGCAGGAAUUUCACGUCCUCAUUCGUCAACUAUAUUAAUGCCGAAGGUCACGGCAAGUCCAGACUUGGCCUUCGGCAGCAGGGACGCGGCCGUCGCCGGUUUAGGGUUCGAUUUCUCUAAUAUGUUCAGGUAACGGCGCAACACGUAACCUCGGGCGAUGCCAGCAACUCCGUAUUUGUUUUGUUCGAUGUUAAGACAUUAUUUACAGUACGCUGUACCCUGCUGGAAGCUGUGCAAGUUUCCAGAAAGUGCACAGAAUGUUUUAAGCUCCAUCUGACUUAUUGCUAACAAUAUUAGCAUGGGUUAAGUUGGACGCACAACAGUUGAAAUUGUUCCAAAGGUCAGUUCAGUGUGGCAAAUUUAAAGAUAAAAGGGUGCUUACGUCCAUGCGUGGCUGUCGUGCUGUAGAAAUGUCAACAGGCACCAGGCUCUUAUCAGUUUUUUUUUUUUUUUUUUGGGGAGAAACGGCACAUACGUCCUGCAACAGCUGCUAAACAACAUUGCGGGACUUGAUGAUCAUGAGACAGGUCACGUCAAAAGGACACCCCGUCCAGGUCAAAGUCUAACUGGCUCCUUUUCUACAACUUACACUUUGAUAAUAAAUGACUGGUGGGAACUGGGUCUUUAUCGUGUUUCUCACAACAAAAACAAGCAUGAAUGAUCAGAAAUUUUCUCCUUUUUAUUAUAAAUACUCUUUAUUUAGGACUAAACUGCAAAUGGGGAAAAAUAUAACUAUGGAAAAACAAAAUUGAGUGCAAGAUUAGCAGCUUUAAACAUGCUCUGGGUGCCCUGGAUCGCGCCACAGCUGUUGGGGGCUUUCCUCCGAGCAGACAUUGCAUUCGCUCUUGGUUUCUUAGCGACAGCGUACAACUCCAUCCUCACAGACCCCCCUCAGCUCGAAAUGAAAAGAAACUCUACAAACGGUAUCUGUGAAGAGCUGCUGGAAUCGGAAAUCCAAAACGGUCUCUUACUCUGCAAAAAAAGGUUUCUGCUGUCCGACCUCAAGGCCGAACCGACGAGGAGACCCCCCUUGGAGUCUCAGGUAGAAAUUGGCUCCAUUUCCACCACAAUUCAGGUGCAAAAGAAGCAAACCAUUAGUGCAAGGGACCUCGAUGCUGUCCUGUGUAAAUACAAAGGUCAAAAUACCUUUCCGGAACAUUCCCACGGGUGCAGCUACUGACAGCACUACUGUUAUUUUACCACAGUAGCUUUCCAAAAUACAUCCCCUAAUGCCACUCCAUCCUUUAUUUAAAGAUUAUGAACAAACGGUUUACGGGUACUUUUUAAAUCAGUACGUAUCAGCUGUGGUGGUUAGAGGAACCUGGGUCUGAAUCCCACUUUCAUCAAGGUACUUAAGCUGAACGGAACUGGAAAAAAAUUAACCAUGUGAAAAAGACAUCACUGUAAGUAGCUUUGUACUCGAGCCGAAGGUUCUAAGCCCCCCUUGGAAAAUGAAUAAAUAGUAAGAAAUAAUGCCCAAAGUGUUAUUGGUUUAUCUUUGCUUAUCCCCAGAGCCCACGGCCAUUCGUAAUGACUGCAGCGGGGACUGUCGGGGCUCGUACGGCUCCCAGGUAAGCGAGCCCCACCUGUGCGGGAUACCCAGUCGACUCUGCGGGACAGCCCUGCCAGGAAUCACCUGUGCAGACAGGGAGAAGGCUUGACUCACCUUUACCACGACCACACCCACCCCAGACGAAAAUCAUCAAAAACCACAGA